AUGGCGGGCGCGGAAAGAUACGAGCACGACUUCGUCAACGCGCCGGGCUACAUGGGCAUGCAGCAUCAGGGCAUGCCGGGCAUGGGGCGGCCUCAGCCGACGCCUUACCCGCUCGUGCCCGUGUCCGGCUACACGGCGUAUAACUACCCGCCUGCCCAGCACGAGGCACCCGGGCUCUUCUCGCCUAACCAAAGACCACCGCAUCUGAAUUAUUCGUUCAUGAACACGCAGCAUUCGUCGGCGUACGCGUCUCCUAGUCACACGCUCAUCGGCCACUACCAGCCGUCGUCAUCGCCGGCGACGCCGCCGAUCACGCACGCGGAUGCCACGACACUCACGCAGGCGCGUGUUAAAAUUUGGUUCCAGAAUCGGCGCAGCAAGUGUAAGAAGGUGAUGAAGCACGCGCAGGCGAACGGCCAGCCGAUACCGUCGAUGGUACCUGCCAGCGCGCUCAUGCAUCCACCUACCAGCUCGUCCGCCUCGCUGUCGCCCUGGGACCAAGGUACCGACAGGUCGAACGAGAGUCCGGGCGAGUACCGGCCCAUGCCGCCGCAGUACCCGUGGCCGCACCUCCAGGGCGCCUACAACGACGCCAGCGCCCCUCUCGAUCAGUCGCCCGGACCGAGCUACGCGGCGUCGAUAGGGGGUCCCGAGUACGGAGUACCGCAGAACAACACGGCGAACGCAACGUCGACACCAGGGGGCGUGUACGCCGGCUACGCUCACUGCAACGACGCCGGCAGCACCGGCGCACGCAAUGACAUGCCGUCCUACGGACAGCAAGGAUCGUCCACACCCGGCUCAAUAUCGCCUUCUCACAGUAGCCAUACGGACGGUGGGCCGCCUUAA